CUUCUUCCUCUCAAGCCCACAACAACUAGCAGCCGCUAGAAGAAAAAACUUCCUUUCUCACUGUCACAAUCUUCAUUCUUCACAGAUAUUUUCAUGAUAAUCCUAUACAUGAUCAGUUGUCGGGGUUUGUUUUCCUGCCGCGAAACCUCGGAGAAUUAACCACAAAUCAUACGUCCUAUUGCCAUCAUUAGGUUUCUGAAAUAGAAGUAAAUGCCUGUUAUCAUCAGAAAGACACAUACAGUUUCUGUUUGAUUUAAAUUCUGGGUUUUUGUGAGAUAUCAACAAUGGAGUUGAGUUUGCAAUUACGGAGACUUCCGAGUUAUAAAGUUGUGUUGCCUCAGACCAGUGGCUGUUUCAAGAUCAAGCCUUUUAUGGGUUCUAGACAGUUUAUCCCAUGGCAGUGCCGAGCCAACGGUCUUUCAGCUAGAAUUACUGCUAGUGCAUCUGAUUCUUCAAAGAGGAGACCGAGAAAAUCGUCUAACUCGGGCUCUAAAGGUCCAGCUCCGAAGGGUUCCAACCCGAAAUCGCAAGGAGAAUCGAUCAUGCAGAAGAGAAAGCCAAAGAUAAAUGGUGACAAAGAGGAGUCUAGCGUGCCCGUGUCGGCCGAGUCUGCAGAGUCUAACAAUGUUGAAGUUGAAUCCAAGGUUGCUCUUGAGGAUGAAUCGAGCACCCCGAAGAGGAAGCCAAAGAUUAAUUGUUACAAAGAGGAUUCACUGAUCGAGUCUGCAGAGCCUAACAACAUUGAAAUUGAAUCAAUGGUUGCUCUUGAGGAGGGAUCGAUCACUGAAGUUUAUCAGAAGAGUACGGUCGAUGAAGGUCAAGAGGAGGCAAAAGAGGAAUUACCAUCAGUGGGAAAAGAGUUAGAUGCCGAUAUCAACAACUCCAAAGUGGUAAACGGAACUAUACAGUUGGAUGUUGCCAUAAGCAACCUUGAUGUGGUAAAUGGAAGUGUAGGCAACCUGAAUGUGGUAAAUGGAAGUGCAAGUAAGAUUCUUGAAGAUGUUGCUGAGUUAGAAAAGAAAGAAAUAGCUUCGGAAAACGGAGUGAGUAUACCAAUCGAUGUCAUCUCUGAAGAGAAGCAAACUGAUGACAAUGGUGCUGUGAAGAUUGAAAGUGAUGAGACUAAUGAAGAAAGAGUUGAAGAUAAUUCUCUACAAUUGAAGUUGGAGAUGGAAGCAAAUUUGUGUAAGCAGGAAAUCGAGGGGCUUGCAGAGGAAAAAGUCUCGAGUGGAGACAGACUUUUUGUUUAUCCUCAAAUUCUAAAACCUGGUGAGGACAUAGAAGUGUUCUUUAAUAGGAGCUUCUCCCCUCUGAAAGAUGAACCGGAUGUUCUAAUUGAGGGAUCCUUCAAUCACUGGAGAUGGAGAUCGUUCACUACACGGUUGAAUAAGAGCCAUCUCAGAGGGGAUUGGUGGUCUUGUGUGAUUUCUGUACCUAAGGAAGCUUACAAAAUGGAUUUUGUGUUCUGUAAUGGGAAGAACACUUACGAUAAUAACGGUAAAAAUGACUUUUGUAUACCUGUCGAGGGUGGAAUGGAUGAGAUUGCAUUUGAAGAUUUCUUGGUUGAGGAGAAUCGAAGGAAACAAGAGCAACUCGAGGAAGAGAAGACUGAAAAGCAAAGGCAGGAAGAAGAGAAAAGAAGAGUAGAAAUAGGUAAAAGAAGAAUAGAAGUAGAGAAGGCAGCAAGUGAAGAAGAUAGAUCACAAGCAAGAACAGAGACUGAAAAGAAACGAGAAAUAUUGCAACAAUUGAUGAAAAAUGAAGCUCGAUCGAUUGAUAAUAUUUUUUUCAUUGAGCCAAAUGAAUUCAAAGGGGCUGACAAUGUCAAGAUACACUAUAGAAGAAGUUCAGGCCCUCUUGCUCAUGCCAAUGAGCUUUGGAUUCAUGGCGGGCAUAAUAAUUGGAAUGAUGGAUUAACAAUUGCUGAAAAGCUUGUCAGAUCAGAGAAAGAGGGCGAUGACUGGUGGUACGCAGAAGUUGUUAUACCUGAUCAAGCACUUGUGUUGGAUUGGGUCUUCGCUGAUGGACCGCCUGCGGCUGCGACUAUCUAUGAUAACAAUAAACGUCAAGACUUCCAUGCUACUGUCCCGAAAGCCGUUUCUGAAGAGAGGUACUGGGUUGAGGAAGAACAGCGGAUAUUCAGGAAGCUUCAAAAGGAGAGGAAACUAAGGGAGGAGACCAUUCGAGCUAAGGCCGAGAAAACAGAAAAAAUGAAAGCUAAAUUGAAGGAAAGAACUUUGAAGAGAUUUUUGCUUUCUCAGAAGAAUGUAGUUUAUACUGAACCUCUCGAUGUUCAAGCAGGAAGGACGGUGACGGUUUUCUAUAAUCCUGCUGAUACUGUUCUUGAUGGAAAACCUGAAGUAUGGUUCAGAUGUUCAUUUAAUCGUUGGAUUCACAAUAUGGGUUCAUUGCCGCCUCAAAGAAUGUUUCCUGCAGAUAACGGUUCUCAUUUAAAAGCCACUGUCAAGGUUCCGAUAGAUGCAUAUAGGAUGGACUUUGUUUUCUCCGAGAGGGAAGACGGUGGAAUUUUUGACAACAAAGGCCGUAUGGAUUAUCAUUUACCUGUUUUUGGAGGAACUGUGAAAGAGCCACCACUGCACGUUGUGCAUAUUGCUGUUGAGAUGGCGCCCAUUGCUAAGGUUGGAGGCCUCGGUGACGUUGUUACUAGUCUGUCCCGUGCUGUUCAAGAUCUGAACCACAAAGUGCACAUCAUUUUACCGAAGUUUGACUGCUUGAACCUUAACCAUGUGACAGACUUGCAUCACCAAAGAAGCUAUUCUUGGGGUGGCACUGAAAUUAAAGUUUGGUUCGGUGAAGUCAAAGGCCUUUCGGUUUACUUUCUGGAGCCACUAAAUGGAUUCUUCUCGAAAGGGUGUGUUUAUGGUUGUGGAAACGAUGCACAGAGGUUUGGCUUCUUUUGCCACGCCGCCCUCGAGUUUCUACAACAAGGUGAAAUUCACCCAGAUAUCAUUCAUGGCCAUGAUUGGUCAAGUGCCCCAGUUGCUUGGCUGUUUAAGGACCAUUAUAUGCAUUAUGGUCUUUGCAAAUCUCGGGUUGUCUUCACCAUACAUAACCUCGAAUUCGGAGCGCACUUCAUCGCAAAAGCUAUGGCAUAUGCAGACAAAGCUACAACCGUUUCACACUCAUAUGCGAAGGAAAUUGCCGGAAAUCCUGCGAUUUCUCCUCAUUUCCACAAGUUCCAUGGAAUAUUAAAUGGAAUCGACUUAGAUAUUUGGGAUCCCUAUAACGAUGAGUUCAUUCCUAUGUCUUACACUUCGGAAAAUGUUGUUGAAGGAAAACGAGCUGCUAAGGAAGCCUUACAGCAGAGGCUUGGUUUGGAAAAAUCUGAUCUUCCUUUGGUUGGAAUUAUUACUCGUUUAACUCAUCAGAAAGGAAUCCAUCUUAUGAAGCAUGCGAUUUCGCGCACCUUAGAACGCAACGGACAGGUUGUACUGCUUGGCUCAGCUCCGGAUCCUAGCAUCCAAAAUGAUUUUGUAAAUUUGGCCAACAAGCUACAUUCAUCUCAUGGGGAUCGUGCUCGCCUUCAAUUGACUUAUGAUGAACCACUUUCUCACUUGAUAUAUGCCGGUUCUGAUUUCAUUCUGGUCCCAUCAAUUUUCGAACCUUGUGGACUGACUCAACUGACGGCUAUGAGAUAUGGUUCUAUACCGGUUGUUCGUAAAACAGGAGGGCUCUACGACACUGUAUUCGAUGUCGAUAACGAUAAAGCUAGAGCAGAAGCACACGGUCUUGAAACCAAUGGAUUCACCUUUGACAGAGCUGAUUGUGGUGGAGUUGACUAUGCCCUUAAUAGGGCAAUCAUGGCUUGGUACAAUGAUCGGGAUUGGUUCAACUCAUUAUGCACGAGGGUGAUGGAGCAAGACUGGUCGUGGAACCGGCCUGCACUCGACUAUAUCGAGCUUUACCAUGCAGCUAAGAAACACUAGAAGGAAAGAAGCGGGUUAAUUGAAAAAGAUACAACAGUUCAACAGCCCAUUUUGUUAGCUUGUACAUGGUUCCGUUCCGUGAUAAUUAUCUUUUAGACUCUGCUCGGUAAAUAAAGCCAAGUUGUAUCAUUCUUGAGACCAACCUUUUUUUUUUCUCGAACUGUUAUUGAUUCACGCGAAUGGGGGGCAUUCGAGAUUGUUUGAGGAAGGUAUUGAAUUUGAAU